AUAUACUUGUAGCAUGUCUGCAGAUUAUACUUCAAUUAUAUUCGAUACGGUAUUAUAUACAUUAGAAUAGUAUUUGAAAGAAAUGAAAGAGAAAUCAAUUCGUAAAGGGAAUCGAUAAUUCGAUCUAUUCCUUACCAGAUGGCGCAUCGAAAGUGUAACCUCGCGUCCCAUCUUUCUCAUCAAAUGAAAAUGGAACUGAGGUUGUAGUCGAAAAAUAUUUUAUUGUGAACAAUUGUGAGAUUUAGCGUGUGUAAAUAUUUUAAAAUAAAAGAAAAGAAAAGCAAACAGAAAGAAAGGAAGAAAUAAGGUAUAACAAUAAAUUUAUGCUACUUGAUUUAUUGAAAUCUUCGUACUUACGUUCGAAGAAGAGAACGUAAUAUUGGCGGUUUUCACCCAUGUACGAUUAUUUCAGUAUAUAAUUCUUAUAUUUACUGUAUAAAACAAUAUAACUAUGGCGGUUGGUUCAACAAAAGUGGUACAAGUGACAAACAUAGCACCCCAAGCAACUAAAGAUCAAAUGCAAACUUUAUUUGGUUACUUAGGAAAGAUAGAAGAUAUUAGAUUAUAUCCCACAAUAAGAGAUGUAGCAGUACCUGUACAAUCUCGUAUUUGUUACGUUAAAUUUCACGAUCAAGGAUGUGUUGCAGUUGCUCAACACAUGACAAAUACUGUAUUCAUUGAUAGAGCAUUGAUAGUAAUUCCUUAUCAAAAUGGCGAUAUUCCAGAUGAACAACGUGCUCUUGAGUUAACCAACAAUGGUACAGUUGUACCAGGUUUAUAUCCUUCUGAGCCAAAGCUUCCACCAAAUGUUGUAAAUGCAAUCGAAGGUAUUCCUCCGAAUCAUGUAAUUACAACUAUGGAUCCUAAAUUAGAAGCUCAUGGAUUACCGCCUUAUCCACAUUUACCUGGCCAUCUAGAUAGUAGACGAAUUGAGGAAAUAAGGAGAACACUAGUGAUAGCUAAUUUAGAUGCUUCUACGACGGCUGAACAAUUGCUAGAUUUUUUCAGUAAUAACAAUGUUGAGAUUAAGUACUUACGCCUUUGUACAAGAGAUUCUGAUACAGAUCACUAUGCCUUAGUGGAACUUACAGAACAAGGAGCAGUGGUUUCUGCAUUAUUAUUAAAUGGAAAAAUGCUUGGCGAUAGACAUAUAAAAAUUUAUCAUUCGACACAAGCAAUAGCUAAACCAGAAGCAAAAAAUCCAAUGAUUGGUAUGCUUUCAAAAGACAAACGAAGUCGCAGCGGUUCCCGUAGUCGAAAGUCGAGAUCUAGAUCCCGUGGUCGCAGUAGACGUUCAAGAUCACGGAAGAGAUCUCGUUCGCGACACCGACGUAGAUCCAGAUCUCGUUCAAAACGUUCUCGAUCCAAAGAACGUAGAAGAAAGUCACCUUCACGGAGAAGAAGCAGCUCUCGCAGUCGUCAUCGUUCUCGGUCACGAUCUAGACGAUCAAGAUCACGUAGAUCAAGAUCUAGAUCUAGAGAUCGUAGAAAAAGAUCUCUACGGCGUAGAAGUCGUUCUCACUCUCGUAGUAAACGUUCUAAAUCGAAAUCUAGACGUUCCAGAUCUAAAUCAAAAUCUAGGUCAUCUAAAUCUAGAUAUUCUGAGAAAUACAAGGAUAAAGAUAAAGAUAGAAAUAAGGAUAAAUCUGAUAAUGGUAAGAAAAGUGAUGGGGAUAAGGGUGAUAAGGAAAAGAGUGAAAAGAAAUCAAGUAAGGAAAAAAAAUCAGAGAAAGAAUCAAAGUCAGACGAAAAGAAUAGAGUUGCAUCCGAAAAUAAUGAAAAUAAGGAUAAGGAAUCCGUAUCUUAAAUUGUCAAAUUCUAACAAACACUUAUUUUUAUUUUCUGAUGAUUUUGUUAACUUCAAUUUAUAUAAUAAGACGUAAUUUAUCUGUACAGUAAGCACAUUAUUCGAAGUUAUAAAAACAUAUCUCAUCCGUAUGUUAUUACACGUUUAUUUGACAAAAAUAUUAGUUAUUUCAAUGUUAAUUCUUGCUUACUACUAAUUAUAACUUAUGUAAUUCAUUCCUUGCCACAUAUAAAUCAUUUCUUGUUUUAUAUGUAUUUUUUUAAUUUUCAUAUACUUCAAAAUUACGUUUCCGUUACAACAAUAAAUGCUAUUGUGUCGAUAGACUUAUAUAUUUAAAUAUUUAUGUUGCUAUAGAUUGAUUUUCAUAAACUGCUACAUCUUCAUAUUCUUCAAGUUUUACUGGAACUGGUUUACGAAAAUGAUAUUUUUGAACUUGCUUUAUACUUGAUCGUCUUUUCAUUAACAGCUAUAUAGAAUGAACCCAUAUUUAAUCAUUACAUUAAAACAAUUUGUUGCUUGUAUUGUAGAUGAAUUCCAUUUAAAAUUUUGUGAAAAGUAUAUAUUGUUAUUUACCAUGCCACUAUUUCUUAUUGAUGAAUUAGUAUCUGAUAUAGAAACCAUUUCCAACGUAUCAUCUGCGAUUUUUUUAUUUUGCGCUAUAGUUCUUAUUUCAUCAGGGCCUAAUCAGAAAUAAAUUAUUAAUUUAACAUUAAUAGUACUUUUAUACAUAAUAUCAAACUUACUUAGUACACAUUCAUCGUAUUGAUCAAGUGGAUCGAUUCCAAAAAAUUCGGAUAAAUUGUCUGGAUAUCGCAGAUCCAUGUAUAUAAUUAUUAAGGCCAAGAUAAUACAAAAAAUACCUACACGAUUAAAUUAAUAAUAAAUUAAUAAGUUUUGAUUUAUAAAAAAGAAGUUUAAUUUUAAAGGAUAUAGUGCACAUAAGAUAAAGGUGUGCAACAAUUUUUACCACAUGUAAGAGACAUCCAAAAAUGUAAACCAAAAUGCAAUGUUAAAGUUCCAUUUUCGAAAGGUAUAAUAAGUGGAGUUUUAUUACGUAUAAUAACCCAUAAGAUACAAGUUAAUAUUUGUAAUCCACCAACUAUUCCAAUUGAAUAAGCUGUGUAUCGGCUUACAAAUUGUAACAUUAUAUUUGACACUAUCCAGCAACUAAAUGCAGUCCUGUGAAUUAAGAUAUUAGUAAAUUUAGUAUAAGACAUCCAUAAAAAAUUAAGUAUAACAAUUUAUUGUUCUUAUAAAUGAUUAUGUACAAAAGCAUUAAUGAGUAUUUUAUACAUAUUAUAUAUACAAACCAUAAUAAGAUAUGACAGUACCACCCA